AUGCCGGAGGUCCUCCGGGCACCACCGAUUCCGUGGCGGGCGGACCUAGACGACUGCUGCUACUUUGACGAAGUUCGUUUUGUGAACUGUCCUCACCCUAUCACGUUCUUCACGCACCAGCCAGAGCCGGAGAAUGUCAAGGCGUACAGCCAUCACGAUAAUAAUGCCGCUACGCCUUGUGGUAUGUCCGUGCCACUCGGCGGGAUUACAUACGAGCGCACCAUUAAGCUCGCGCUGAUGCGCGGCCGGGCCGACUGGUGCUACUGGGAACUUAGCCUUAUACUCAGAAGCCGAGACGGCAACUGGCUCGCGAGCCUACCGCGCACCGACGCUGCGGCUCUUGUUGGCCUCAAUUCGGUAGCUGGAGUUAUCGGGUGGAUACACCCAGAACGAGAUUCCAUCAAGAACUCAGUCAUGUUUUACGCAAAGACGCACUACCAGCCGUGGCUCAAGCCUUCCGAUCUCGAGUCUCACAGACACGAACAACCGUCAUAUACACCUUCACCUCUAGGCCCGGCCCAUGACGAGGAGAUGCGCCGACUGGUAAAUGGUGCUAUCGAGAGUUUAAUUCGAGGAGGCGAUUGA